AUGGACAACGUGGUUAUUCCAGACCAUUCGGGUAGGUAUAAUUUUGUUAAAGUGAUCAACAAAGGAGGGUUCUCCGUAAUUUGUUUAGCUCAGGACUACAAAACGGGAGAACAGGUAGCUGUAAAAAUUAUCAACCGUGAAGAUAUGAAGGAAAACGAUUUGAUGGAAUAUCUUGAACGCGAGCUCAGAUUAAUUAGCAGGCUUUCUCAUCCGAGCCUGCCCAAAAUUUACGACAUUAUUUAUGAAGAAAAUUUAAUAAUGAUAAUUAUGGAAUACUUGCCAAAUGGAAACAUCAUAGAGCGCAUACUUGAGAAGGAGUAUUUUACUUUGAACAAACGAAUCGAGGUUUGUUAUUCAAUUUUAGAAGGUCUUAACUAUUUACACGAAAGAGGAAUUGCCCAUAGGGACAUAAAGCCCGAAAACAUAGUAUUUGAUAGCUAUUUCAAUCCUAAGCUUAUUGAUUUCGGCUUUUCUUGUGAAAUAACCGGAAAAAACGCUACAUACUGUGGAACUCCAAGUUUUAUGGCUCCUGAAAUCAUGCUCGGACAAAAAUACGAUGCAAUUAAAGCAGAUAUGUGGUCAUUCGGUAUAACAGCACACAUCAUCCUUACUCAUGAGUAUCCUAUCUUGUUCAAGAACGAAACAGAUCUCCUUAAGAACGUAAGAAACCAUUCCCUCAAAUUUCAGAUUCUUAUCCAAGGCAAAUUAAGAAAGUUCAUAGAGAGCUGUUUAGAGUUGAAUCCAGAGCAAAGACCAACUGUAAGUGAACUCCUAGAGAUGCUCAAGCCAAUUGUGGAAGAUAACUCCAGUGAAUUAAGAGCUAAAAGUGAAAAAGCAAUUUUACCGAAACUAAAUAUGGGCAAAAGAUCAAAUACAUUUAACAAGAAGACAAAACUCAUUCCAACAAGCAGAACUUGCAAGAUAACUCCUAUGAUCAAAGUCAGAUAUUUCGGAGGAUUAUAA